AUAAAUUUGGUUUUAUAGAUUUUUCUUUUCUCUCAUAUCUUCAGUUCUUCAACAAAAGAACAUAUGGAAAUGCUUUUCAAAAUACCCAAAUUGGCGACAUAAACCGAGUGUAACAAUGUUUCUAGAAUAAAUGUGGUUUUGGCUUGGCUAUUUAGUAAUGGCAAUGACUUGACUACUUUAUAAACAUCCAUGCUUUAAAAAUACAACUUGACAAUGCCCACGAUUUCUAUCCUCCUAGCAUUCAGAACCCAAAAAAAUACAAAUUAUUAGUCACAAAAAAGGACUGACUGAAAUAAAAACAAAAGUUAUUGUACCAUUUUAUUUGACUUUUCGAAUGAAUUUUUUAAAAACAAUAAAGUUUUGGGGAUAUGGAUAGUUCCAGAUAUAGACAAGUCUGUAAAGAAGACUCUCUAAAAAGGAAAAUCGGUACACUAGAACCUGAAAACACGUUUGAACAAAUAUAGCUGCAUCAAAAAAGAGUUUAAGGUUUCAUUUCCGGCCGAAUCAGUUUGGAUGCCAGAUCAGCAAAAUGUCAAUAUGUCCGAAAACAAUUUGAAUUUAGAAAAAUCUUGUUAAAGACAUGUUUUUUAAUAGUUAAACUUUGAAAAUAUAAAAAUAAUUCAUAUUUUUUGUUUCUAGACUAGAAUACCCCUCUUAAAGGGAGUUUAACUUUUUAUACGGUGACUUUGUAAGCUUGAAAUAUUUAAUGAAAAGAAACGAAAGUAUAUUCAAAGACUUCAAAAAUGUUAGAAGCCUGUAUAAAAAUAUUUUAAAUGAGAAAAAUGUGGAGAAGCAAAUUUGUGUUAAGAAAAAACACAAAAAUUCCAAUAAAAAAAUAAUAAAUAUAAAUGCAUUUCUUUUGUAUUAUAUGAAACCUGUUAGCAAACUGUUCUCAAGCGUUUCAAAGCUUAUAGGCGUAACUCACUUAUUUUUAGCCGAACAUGUUUUAACAGCAAUUGUUUUCAAUUAGCAAUCUUAUGUUUGCCAACAGCAUUAAAUUCUCACAUUCAAGUUUUGUUUUCACUCGCAAUCAGUCAGUUGGAGAAGUUGGUGAAGAUGCCGCGCUUGCGCAAUUAUUCUAAACCUACAAUUUUUGGCAUCAUUAGUUGGUUGAUAUUGGUUGUUCACAUAUUUUCGCCAGUCGAUGCCUGCCAUAACAGUCAAGAGUGUUACACACCGCAAAACUAUAAGGGAUAUUAUUAUACACCUGAGGAAUUUCUAACCCUUACUGAUAGGCAGAAGUCCAAUUGCGAGGGUAAUUGUGUUGAUAAAAACGUGACGCUGAUUUGUUGCACUUUCAAUACUCAACCACAAAAAUAUCGCUUACUAUAUCAAUCAUGCUUAGACGCUCAUUUACCCUAUGGAUUUAUUACAUUUGGCGAAGUGGCCAAACUAAAUGAGUUUCCAUUUAUGGCUGCUUUGGGCUGGCGUUUCACCAAAGAGGAUGGUACAGAGAGCAUAGCUUAUAGGUGUGGUGGAACUUUGAUCAGCAGCAGAUAUCUACUAACAGCGGCCCACUGCUUCUAUCAUUCCAGUGACCUUCCAGUUGUGGUGCGUCCAGGUGGUUUCGACCUAAAUAGCACCACAGCGACUGAUUAUGAUAUCGACCAGAUUAUUGAACAUCCCAACUACAUAUAUCCUGGUCUAUACAAUGACAUAGCAAUCGUUCGUAUGGCAAAAGCAUAUAUUAACUACACGCCGAUUGUUGCUCGAGCGUGCGUGUGGUAUAGCCCAUUGGCCGAGCAGGAAGUUACUGCCAUAGGCUAUGGCAAUACGCAGUUUGCCGGUACCUCUUCGCCACUUCUAUUGAAAACUAGUUUAUCAACCAUAUCCAAUGAGGAGUGUAAUCAACAUUAUGAACAGGAUGAUGAAGUGCUCAGCUCGGGUGUAAUCUCUACACAAUUAUGCGCAAAAGAUUAUGAAAAGCUGCGUGAUACUUGUCAGGGAGAUUCUGGCGGUCCUUUGAUCGUGUAUGAAAAAAUCGACGGUUACUCUCGUAUGGCUUAUAUUGUGGGCAUUACGUCGUUUGGCAUUGGCUGCGGCACCGGUUUCCCGGGCAUUUACACGCGUAUUUCUGAUUAUUUUGAUUGGAUUGAGGAAACGAUUUUUAAAGUGUUCGCCUCUUUAAACUUAACCGCAAGUUUUCAGAACAAGUUUGCUGGUCCUUGCGAUCAGAUGCGCUGCGCUCGCUUGGAGUUGAAGCGAAAAGCAAAGGAAAACUCUAGCAAAAUGUAUAAGCCAAAGCCUUUCACAAAGCUUUUCAGCUUACUAGCAGGAGCACAAUUGCUGCUUAUGGCAGUUAAUGUGCGCUUAGCAAUCGCUUGCCACGAGGAUCAGCCGUGUUUAACACCACGAAACCGGCUUGGCAACUAUGUAACACACGCUAAUUACCUCAAGUUGACCAAGGAGUUGCAAGAUUUAUGUUUGGGUGUGUGCGGUUACAAUAGAACAACACAAUUUCUAUGUUGCCCCUCGCUAGAUGAGCCCUCAGACAAAAGAAUAUCGCAAACUCAAUGUGAACGAGAUCACCGCAAAUUCUCCUUCAUAUUUAUAACGAAUGGCAAACUUGCGAGGGAAAAUGAAUUUCCGUUUAUGGCCGCCAUAGGUUGGCGCUCUACCUUUGGCAGCAGCGACAUAACAUACAGAUGUGGUGGCGCUUUGAUCACCAGUCGGCACUUGCUAACAGCGGCGCAUUGCCUUUACCAUUCGGAUGAACCACCAAUUGUGGUGCGCCCAGGUGGUUUCGAUUUAGAUGAUACCGAGGCGAGGGACAUUGAAAUCGAUCAAAUCCACAUGCAUCCAGGUUAUCAGUAUCCGGGUGUUUACAACGACAUUGCAAUUCUACUGUUGAAAGAGGAAUAUUAUGCCGGCAGAUCCGUUAACUCUGGACCAGCAUGUUUGUGGGCAAAGCCAUUACAGGCGGCAAAUGUUACGGCUAUCGGUUAUGGUAAUACACAAUUCGCCGGUUUAUCAUCGUCAAAAUUAAUGAAGGCCGAGCUGAGUAUUCUACCAAAUCAAAAAUGCGCCGAAUAUUAUGAGGAAGAUGGCAUUAUAUUCUCGCAAUUGUGUGCAAAUGACCCGGUAAAAAGGGGUGAUACGUGCCAGGGUGACUCUGGCGGCCCUAUUAUAAUGUACCGUAAUAUUGGCACGAAUUAUUUUAAUGUGCCCUACAUAGUUGGUAUCACCUCUUUCGGCAUUGGUUGCGGCACUGGAGCACCAGGAGUUUACACGCGGGUCGCCAGCUAUAUUGACUGGAUUGAGAAAGUUGUCUACUAUUCCGGUUUAGCAUCGGACACUUUAAUGAAGACGAACCUUACCAUUCUGACUAAUGAAGCAUGUGGUAAAUACUACGAGCAAGAUGACCAUUUGCUUUAUCAUGGAAUUAUUCAUUCGCAGUUGUGUGCAAACGAUACGGUUGGAAUGAGCGACACCUGUCAGGGCGACUCUGGCGGACCCAUUAUAAUGUACCGUUACUUUUACGAAAUGCCCUACGUGGUUGGCAUCACCUCUUUCGGCAAUGGUUGUGGUUCUGGUGUGCCUGGGCUGUACACGCGUGUCGCCAGCUAUAUACACUGGAUUGAAAAAAUCGUAUACUGAGAAAAUAAGCAAAGGCUACAAAUGAUGUAACACAACAAUUUUGCAACAAAAACUAUAACGUAAAAGUUCAAUAAAAA